AAAUUUAGUAGUUUUAUGCCAGUAAACGAACAAAAUGGCGGCAGCUGGAAAUGAGAAACUUCCAGAUUUAAGAGAAAUAAGAAAUAAGUGUAGAAAUGACAUUGAACGAUGUUUAAAUGAGUUCCAGGGAAGAAAAGACAUUGUCCUGGAUCCCGAGUUAAUGAAACCACUAGAUAGAAUCACUGGAGGUGCUGCAUUUCUUAAGGAAAAUGGUGUUGAUAAAAUAUUCAAACUUGAUAGAGCAGACAAGCAGACAAAAUUAGUAGGAUGUGACAGACGUGUGUAUUUAGUGAAGGCAAAGAUAAAUAUCAUGAAGAUUAUAGCAGAUCAUAUUUCAAGUGAACAGUCCCGAGGUGAAUAUAGAAAGUACCGUAUCGUUAUGGUACCACGACGGUUAUUUUUGUGUGAGAUGAUUCUAGAACAGGAAGGAGUGUUAGGUCAUUGUGAACUAGACGAGGCUGACCUUAACCUAUUACCGUUGGAUACAGAUAUACUCUCUAUGGAAACACCAGAAUUCUUCAAAUCUUUCUACUUGGAUAAUGACAUGACAUUGUUACAGACAGUUAGUAAAUCUAUACAGACUAUUCAAGGAUUUAUGGGAGAAAUACCAAAUGUCUACUGCCUUGGCCGUGCUGGAAAGAUGUGUCAUGAGUUACUGAAGCAGAUGAGUGGUGGUGAUCGAUUGAUAGAACCAGAUUAUACCAGAUCUCAGAUAGGACAUAUGUUUCUUAUUGACAGAGGAAUAGACUUUGUGACACCCCUGUGUUCACAGGUGACUUAUGAAGGACUAUUAGAUGACAUGUUUGGUAUACAGUGUGGGUGUGUAGAGUUUGGAAAGGAUGUCACACAGAAAGAUCAACCAGUCAAAGUUCGCCUGAGCAGUGAGGAUGAGAUGUAUGAUGCUAUACGAUGUAGACACUUCACUAACGUGUUUGAUUUUCUGAAGAGCAAAGCCCAGGAUCUGCAGUCUGUAUCUGAUAAAAGGAAGAAUUUUACCAAAGUGAAGGAUAUGAAAGACUUUGUGGCAAAUGAUCUAAGAAAAUUGAAUCAGUCUAAAGCUAAUCUUACCUACCAUAUUGGAGCAUGUGAACAGAUAAUAAAGAAGAAAAACAAAGGAGAUUUUCAGGAGUAUAUGCAAACAGAACAUAGUCUUUUGGAGGGCACAGCAUUCCGAGAAAACUUAAAUUAUAUAGAAGAAUGCAUAAAUAAACAGAACCCUCUAAUGUCCAACUUGAAGCUGUUGUGUUUGAUGUCUCUAACAAAUGAUGGCAUUCCAGGCAGAGAAUAUAAGUCUUUGAAGACACAGUUUGUGCAGAGUCACGGAUUUGAGCAGGUAUUAACAUUCCAUAAUCUGAAGAAAGUUGGGUUACUACGGGAACAAGAAGUUACCUCUCAGUCUCUAGUGUCAGCUGGUGUUGCUGCCUUCACUAGAAAUAGUUCUUUUAAAAAUCUUCGUAAAAGACUUAAUUUGAUUCCAUCUGUUGAUGUGGAUUUACGAAGCCCCUGUGAUAUGUCAUAUGUGUUCAGUGGAGCAUAUUCACCACUAUCCUGUAAACUUGUUGAACAGGUAUUACAGAGGGAGGGAUUUCUAGGUAUGGAGGAGAUAACCAAACAUCUGCCUGGCAGUGUUCACUCAGAAGUUAAACUUCAAACACCUGGUAAAGGUACAAAAGGUAUGAGUAACCAGCCUGGACGUGCUGCCAGAGUUGUUCUUGUCUACUUUAUUGGUGGAUGUUCUUACUCUGAGAUAGCAGCUCUCCGGUUCCUUGGCAAACAAACAGGGUACAAGUUCAUUGUUGCUACCACAUCGAUAUUCAAUGGUAACACUAUGUUAGAGACAGUCAUAGAGAAACCAGCACUCUAGCUGCAGUGAGAUCAUUCCUGCAGAAAACUGUUCCUGGACAGGUGACAUCAGAACGAAAAAAUCAGACUUGAAAAAGAGGAAAGAGGGUUUAUAUUUUACUUAAAACAGUUUCUGUAGUUUUGCAUCACAUAUAUGAUAUUGACAAGAAAGAGGAAUUAGCUAUUGUGAUACUGUGAAAUCAUUUAAAUUCGCUGGCAUGAAAUUUCGCGCAAACAUGAAAAAGGACUGUUCCGCGUGGGCUUUGAUUCGUGCGUUUUCAAUUUAUAAAUGAAAAAAUGAAAUUGAAAAAUAAUAAUAGCACGGUCUUAAAUUCGCACAUUUCCUAGCGCGAAAUACGCGAAAAUUCGUCCUACGCGAAUAAAAUGAUUUCACAGUAGGAGAGGGAGAGAAAAGGUGCAAUAACUUAUUUAUUAUACUCCUACUUCAAAGAAGAGGGGGUAUAUUGUUUUGCUUGCUUAUCGUCUGUAAGUAGACAAAUUUGCUUCUGAUCAAUAACUGUUGAAUGCAAUGAAUCAGCUAGCUUGCCCUGAUAAGAAAUACUGGUACUGUUAAUAACAAUCUGUUUAUAUACAGGAAUAUUACUACUAUUUAUGUGUACUUAAUCUUAUUUGAAUGGGUAUUUAUUGUAAGCAAUCAAUUUGUAUGAAUGCCUUAAUAUAUUGUUAUAUUUCAUAAAUUGAACAAUUUAACAUUGUAAAUUAGAACAUAAUAAUGGUUUUCAUUUAAAGGGGAUUAUUGAAUAUGCAUCAAUAAUCCUUACUAGCCUGCAAUAUCUUUGUGGAUCUAUUGGUUUUAAGCUGUUAUAACCAGAUCAUCUUUUCUUUUUUUUACAUCUUCCCAC